UGCCCCCCGACCCCCCAUACGUCCCAGCAUCCUACAGAGCUCCGGAGCCUUGGGCAGAGCACAGCAGGCCCCCAUCGCUGCCCCCCGUCCAACACAAACCCCUUUCAGACUAUGGAGCGGAGCAGAGCAAGUGGAUGGGCCCCAACGGUGAGACCAUGUCGGACCCCGAACGUGACGUGUUGGUCCUCAAUCACGUGCUGGGAGAUAUGGACCUCUUUGUGGGGCGGCUGCGGGGCGGCGCUGGGAGCACCAAGACCCCAAAGAAGAAGAAGAAGAAGAAGAAGAAGAAGAAGAAAGAUCUCCCCUCCAAGGCAGAGUUUGUGGACUUCUUCCAGAAGGUGAAAUACGCCUUCAACCUCCUGGUACGUCUGGAGAUGCCCCCCGACCCCCCAUACGUCCCAGCAUCCUACAGAGCUCCGGAGCCUUGGGCAGAGCACAGCAGGCCCCCAUCGCUGCCCCCCGUCCAACACAAACCCCUUUCAGACUAUGGAGCGGAGCAGAGCAAGUGGAUGGGCCCCAACGGUGAGACCAUGUCGGACCCCGAACGUGACGUGUUGGUCCUCAAUCACGUGCUGGGAGAUAUGGACCUCUUUGUGGGGCGGCUGCGGGGCGGCGCUGGGAGCACCAAGACCCCAAAGAAGAAGAAGAAGAAGAAGAAGAAGAAGAAGAAAGAUCUCCCCUCCAAGGCAGAGUUUGUGGACUUCUUCCAGAAGGUGAAAUACGCCUUCAACCUCCUGGUACGUCUGGAG